GCGGGGGGCUGGAGGCGAGUAGGGGCGGGCCGGGGAGCAGGCUCGGCGCUAUUGGCCCGCCGCCCCGGUGCGGCCCCCGCGCGCAGCGCGCCCGCCGCCCGCGGGAGGAGCCUGCACUCGCAGCCCCGCGCUGACAGCUGCCGGGCGACACCUGGACCGCCGGGCUGGCGAGCGAGCCGGGCAGAGCCGCCAGCGCCCCGCCAGGGGAGAGGAGGCUCGCGCUGCCUGGUCUCCAGGAAGCCAGCAAGCUCCCUUCCUCAGUUUCCCACCUUCUUAAGAGCCAGCUGCGCUGCCCUGAGGGCCGAGUCUCCAGGAAACUGAGAUGGCUGGAUAGUUCUGCUGGGCGGUCCUGUUUCCUGCGACUUUUGAGGACCGGGCCGGGGUUGGGAGCGCUGCCGACAAGACCUGGCUGCAGAGUAACUUCCCCUAGAUUGCUCAGGUAGGUGAUGCUCAGAUGCUGCUCACCUCCCUUGAGUUGGUGACGAGGACCAAAGGAGAAUCAACCGUGUCUAAGACUAGUCCAGAGAAGGCGUGUGAGUGGAAAUGCAGCCGUAGGAACAAGUGACCUGGUUGGCAAGGAAUGCAGUUUCCUCCUCAGAGCCUCUUCUACACGUUGCCCUGCAGACCACUCCUGCCUCAUGGGAAAGGCCGCUUAGGAGUUUGCAAUCGGCCACCUAAAACUUUUGCUGAGCCAUAACAAGACUUUUGCUGCAGAACUGAACAAGAUAUUAUCUCAUUUCACUUUUGCAUCUUUUAAUCAUCCGGGCUACAGUCAGGGUUGUUUAGCUUUGAGAUCCUCAAGCCAGAUUUGUUACUGUUAUUUUUGCAUAUGCCUUUCAAAAUGAUCGACUUAAGCUUCCUGACGGAGGAGGAGCAAGAGACCAUCAUGGAGGUUCUGCAGCGGGAUGCGGCCCUGAAGAGAGUUGAAGAAGAGAGAGUCAGACAUCUGCCUGAAAAAAUUAAGGAUGGCCAGCAGCUGAAGAAUAUGAGUGGCCAAUGGUUUUAUGAAGCAAAGGCAAAAAGGCACAGAGACAAAAUCCACGGCACAGAUAUCAUCAGAGCAUCCAUGAGGAAGAAGAGGCUCCAGGUGGCAGCUGAGCAGAGUGAGGACAGAGAAAAUGGGGCAAAGGAAAGCUGGGUGAAUAAUGUCAACAAAGAUGCUUUCCUUCCCCCAGAGCUAGCUGGAGUUGUAGAAGAGCCAGCAGAAGACGUAGGAGCAGCAAGCCCCAGUUCCACCGUGGUCAAUCCAGCCUCCACUGUGAUUGCUAUGUCUCCGGAAAACUCCAGGAGCUCAGCUGUGUCUCCAGCUAAGCAAAGGAAGAACCCAUUUAAUAGCUCCAAGUUGCCAGAAGAUCACUUAUCUCAACAAACCAAGAAAGAGCAGUCAGCAAAUGGAAGGACUGGUUUCUUUCAGACUUCAAAAGAGGGUGAAUUACCAGGGACAAAAGAAAAGUCAUCUAUCCUGGCUAUUUCGAACCAAAAGUUAGAGAAACCAAAGCAGAAUUUUCCAGGCCCUGAGAGUGGAUCCCAGAUCAGAACUCCAAUCCCCAAAGCCAGGAAAAUGAUCUACAAAUCACAUGAUUUAAAGCAGGAUGAUAACCAGUAUUUUCCUAGACAGAGGACAGACUCCCUAAAUACAAGAGGAGUUCCAAGAGGGAUCCUGAAGCGCAACUCCAGUUCCAGCAGCACAGACUCAGAAACUGUUCGUUUUCAUCAGAACUUUGAACCCAAAAGCAAAAUUGUGUCACCUGGCCUAACCAUCCAUGAGAGAAUUUCUGAGAAGGAGCGCUCUCUAGAAGAUGACUCCUCCUCAAACUCACUGGAGCCAUCAAAGCACGUGAGAUUCUCUGCAGUGAAGGAUGAACUCCCACAGAGUACUGGGCUAAUCCAUGGCCGGGAAGUGGGGGAAUUCAGUGUUUUAGAAUCUGACAGGUUGAAGAAUGGAACAGAAGAUGCCAGAAACAUGGAUGAGUUUUGGAAGGACCUGAAGUCUUCCCAAUACAGAAAGCCUUUGCCUUCACAUCAAUCAGACUCAAGCCCAAGUGCAUUAAAAAAUGAAACACAUCAGCCAAAUACUUCUGGUUCUUUGUCAAUUCAUGGGCACCCUUCUCCCUUGGAGGUUUUAACAGCAAGACCACAGUGCAGUGAGAACUCACCCACCGUCGAUGAACACAAAGCUAAAUCAUCAGAAUUAUCAAGGCUUGAAUCGGAAUUGUCCAAAAACCCUGCUGAUGAACUGUCUCAUGUUGAGCCUGAGCCUUCUCAGGUGCCAGAUCACAGUUCAGGAGACCAUCAGCAAGGUAAGCCUCCUCCUCUCAAGACCUUAAAAGAUGAGACAGUCUCACGCUCUGGUCCACAUGCCACUGAGAUAAGGAAGACAACUGAUGAUUCCAUAUCUAAAGUCUUAGACUGGUUUAACCGAAGUUCUCAUUUAGAUGACAAUAAGUCAUCUCUCCAACAUCUCCGAGGAAUAGAGCCCAAAGAAAAGGCAGACUCAGAAUCACAGAUUGCCACUGCCUUGGUGACAGAUGACAUCAUUCUAAAAGGAAAUGGCUCAAAAGCUCUAUUACCCACCAAAGUUAAAUUGAUGCCUGUGGAAUCUGAUGAAAUGUCCCAGGGAGAAGGAAAUAUGCUGCUUUCUGGAAAGUGCCAAGACAGUAAUGCAAAUCUCAAACCCAAAUCUAUUAAUUUGUCCCAUCAAGGCAAGAAAGGUCCAGGCAUAUUGCAGCCAUUUGAAAUCUACAGUCCAAAUCAAAGGAGUAAAACUAUGGACUUCAGCCAAGCUUCAAAAAACGCAGGAGUGGGAAAUGGAAUACCUCACUCAACCAGUGCUCUCAAGGGAUCUGGUGCAGCACAUCAAGUUCCAUGCAACAUUAAGGAUGUUGGCAGCUUAUGUGAAGAAGAGCCCAAGUUUCAUGUUUAUGAAAAAGACAGAGGAAACACAGAGGUCAAUUUUGACACUUCAAAAAUUGUCAAAGGACCAGGUUUGAAAGACAACAUGAAGGCAGAGAGAGCGAGCAAAGGAGGAGAUACUUAUAUUCUGAAAGCUUCCAUAGAGCCAGAGGGUACUGAGUCACUCCCUGGGGCUCCCCAAAACACAUCUCCUUGGAAGGAGCCUGGGGUCCAACUGCAACAGGAAGCUGGUGAGGUUCCCAAGAACCAAGUGCUAAGGGAGACAUACAAAAGAGUGAGUGACAGAAUAUCCUUUUGGGAAGGUGAGAAAGCUGCACCUAAGUUAACUCAGAAAGAACCCACAUCUUCACACAAUCAGAGACAACCUUUUGCUAAAGCCUAUCAGCCUGUAAAGUCCAUGGGCAGUUUAGCUACAGGCCAGAAUGAAUACAAUCAAGUGACUGCCAAACAAGUGGUCCUUGAUGAGGAUGGCCAACCAGCUCCUCUCUCUGGUUUUCAUUCCUCAAAGAGACCCCAAGAGAUGAGGGCCCAAAUAUCAAGCUCAUCCAAAAAUGAUCUUUCAACUGACCAAUCUGGUCAAGUGUCUCUGUUUCAGAAUAAGAUAAACAAGCCUAUGAAAAGAUUGCCAGGGUCAGACAGUUUACAUUUUGAAAGAGACAUCACUUUGCCAGCACUGCAGCACUCUUCAAAUGCUGGGAGUGAAAUACAUACUUCUUUGGAGAAAGACAGAUCUUUAACUGAUAGAUCAAAUCCCAACUUUAAAGUUAUGUCCCUAAAAGAAAGAAUAGAUGAAUCCAAUACAGAACAGGUUUAUAAUCCCUCUCAAUUUGAGAAUUUAAGAAGGUUUUGGGACUUAGGAAGCAACCCAAACAGUCAGGACAAUGUUGAGAAGAAUACCACCAAAACAAGCCAAAAAAAAUAUGUGCCUUUUAGUAGUCAGAAACACAAAGAAUUCCAUGAUAUCAAAUCAUCAGGAGAAAAUACCCCUGAGAUAGAGACACUUCUAAGCCCCCCACAAGUUCCGGCAACAGAGGAAAUACAGGAAUUAAAUUCCAAGUGCACACUCCAGGUGUUACCGUAUGAAACCACAUUUCCACUGAAGCCAUCCACAGAGUCCACUCAUAAGCUGCCAGGAAAUGAGUCAUCAAAGGAAAAUGUGCAAAAGAAUAUGGAAUGGUUUGUUACUCCAGUGUUCAAGGAAGAAAAGGAUAACUCAGACCAAGAGAUUCAAGAAUCCAUAGUGAAAACAAAUGUUUUGUCUAAAGACUACAAAGACACUUUUAAUGUCAGCUUACAGAAGCUACUUUCAGAAGCUUCAUCACCAGCAAUCCAACCUUCUGAUGAAAAAGUUCCUGGAAAACAAGUGCUUGGACCAGGUGGUGCUGAAAAUAGGACAUGUCCUCAAAAGGCAGAUUUUGCUGAUACUGAGGAAGCAUCCAAAGGACCUAAGGACAUCAUUAAUGAGUAUGUAGAUAAAACAGUAGCUCCUCCAAAGGUCAAACCAAACACUUUGGCUGCUAGUCUAGAAAAACUCCUGAAGGAAGGAACUGGAACUUUACCCUCUCCCUUGCAAAGCAAGUUGGAACCCAUUACCCAUAGGGUCAACUCCAAGCUUGAAGAGAGUGGAGUUUUUGAAAAAGGCAUAGAACAGAGUGACGACUCAUCAGCAUAUCAGAGAGAGAUGAUAGCUCCUUCUCCAGAAGGGGAAGAAACUUUGGGAAGAAUAGCUCUCCCCCAGCAAACUGAAAGUGGUGAGUGCCAGGGAAACUUGUUUCAGGAGGCUGCUGAAGGCUCUUACCCAUUGGAUCAACCUUCCCAUCUUUACAGAAAGGGUUCUUUUGGGAUUGUGGCCAGCUCUCCCCAAGAUGUGCCUUCUUCCAGAGAUGCUUAUCUUGCUCCUCAGGAUAAGGCACUACCUUCUCAAAGGGAGAUUUCAGAGACUGUGGAAAAAGUCACCGUUCCACCCAAACCUGCAUGGAAAGAUGUAAAUGUUGUAUUACAAAAGCUACUUAGAGAAGCUUGGUUGAGUUACCCAGUUGGGAGGGAAGUAGUUCCUGGAGAAGUAAAAGAAUUUCCUGAAGGAGUACAAGCAGCAGGUAGCCUUCAAAAUUCUCCACCAUCAGCUACAAUGGACAUUACAGUUCCAGAUAGAAAGGAUUUGUAUUCCUUCAAUGCAGUUCCCGAUAAAACUCAUGAAGUUGCAUCUUAUUUAGCUGCCCCAGUGACUCCAUCAGAAGAAACCCUUAGCUCAUAUGGUUCUACUGUUGAUUGGUAUAGCAAAGAAUUACCUCAAGAAGUGGCAGAAAUUGUGAGGGAAACAAUUAUUCAACCUAAAUCAGCAUUCCUUGAAUUCAGGGCUGGCUUAGAGAAACUACUGAAGGAAACAAAUGAAACUCUCUUCUCAACAUAUGAAAGAGAGACAGGUAGUACUGAGGCGCCCAGGCCAGCUGCUUCUGAAUUCCAUCCUGAGGAAAUAAAAGAAAUAGUGAGAAAGUCUGAGGCUCCGUCAAUAACUGAGAGUGCUUUUGAUAUUGGUUUUGAGAAACUCCUUAAAGAAGCAUCAGAAGCUCCCUCUGAUGAGCUCCAGGUGUCAGUGAGGGAAGGAACUCCUGAGAAGGAGACUUCAGAGUCAGAGCAGGCCAGGUUCUUGGGCAGAACCCAAGAGGCCCCCCAAAUGAAGCUUAAGAGUAAUGUUUUUGAAUCUCAAGUCAGCCAGUGUGAUGACAUGUUGAGAGGAGAAGCUGUGACUGAUUUAUCAGGAUAUCUCUGUGGUUCUGAAAGUGGACUUGAGAUCAUCCCUCAGACCCUUUGUGUGGACCAUGAAAUAGGGAUCAUUGAAACCAUAAAGCCCCCAGAGCCCAAGGAUAGUGAAAGUGAGGUUGCAGGGGUUCGAGAAGUGGCUUUUCAGGAGCCUGGCUUUGAAGAGGGUCCUGAAACAAUCAGUGUGUCUGGAAAGAGGCAGCCUGUUCCUCUCCUGACCAACAAGGAAAACUCUACAAAAACAAGUCUACAAAAACAAGUUGAAGUGAUUCUGGCAUCGCCCUAUGAGAGGCAAGAGGAAGAAGAAGAAAGAGAAGGUGUCUCUGACUGUGAUUUUUCAGAUGGAAACUUUGGCUCUGAAGCAGAAAGCUGGAGAAAUAUGUCCAGUUCAGAAGAAGAACCCAGUCCUGUUUUGAAAACUUUGGGAAGGAGUGCUGCUAGGAAAAUGCCUUCCAAAAGUCUAGAAGACAUUUCAUCAGAGUCAUCAAAUCAAGCAAAAAUAGAUAAUCUGCCAGAAGAAUUAGUACGUAGUGCUGAAGAUGUAGAUCAAAAAGCAGAUCAGGACCGCGAUACAAAUGAGUGCAUACCAGGAAUUUCCACAGUGCCUUCACAGCCUGAUAAUCAAUUUUCUCACCCCGACAAACUCAAAAGGAUGAGCAAGUCUGUUCCAGCAUUUCUCCAAGAUGAGAGUGAUGACAGAGAAACAGAUACAGCAUCAGAAAGCAGUUACCAGCUCAGCAGACACAAGAAGAGCCCCAGCUCUUUAACCAAUCUUAGCAGCUCCUCUGGCAUGACGUCCUUGUCUUCUGUGAGUGGCAGUGUGAUGAGCGUGUACAGUGGAGACUUUGGCAACCUGGAAGUCAAAGGAAGUAUUCAGUUCGCAGUUGACUAUGUGGACUCCCUGAAGGAGCUGCAUAUCUUUGUGGCCCAGUGUAAAGACUUAGCAGCUGCAGAUGUUAAAAAACAGCGUUCAGACCCAUAUGUGAAGACUUACCUGUUACCAGACAAGGGCAAAAUGGGCAAGAAGAAAACACUUAUAGUGAAGAAAACCUUGAGUCCUGUGUAUAAUGAGAUACUGCGGUAUAAAAUUGAAAAGCAAACCUUAAAGACACAGAAGCUGAACCUGUCUGUAUGGCAUCGGGAUACAUUUAAACGCAAUAGCUUUCUAGGGGAAGUGGAACUUGAUUUGGAAACUUGGGACUGGGACAACAAGCAGAAUAAACAAUUGAAGUGGUAUCCUCUGAAGCGGAAGACAGCACCAGUUGCCCUUGAAGCAGAAAACAGAGGUGAAAUGAAGUUAGCUCUCCAAUAUGUUCCUGAGCCAAUUCCUGGUAAAAAGCUUCCUACAACUGGAGAAGUGCACAUCUGGGUGAAGGAAUGCCUUGACCUGCCAAUGCUAAGGGGCAGCCAUCUAAACUCUUUUGUUAAAUGUACCAUCCUUCCAGAUACAAGUAGGAAAAGUCGCCAGAAGACAAGAGCCGUAGGGAAAACCACCAACCCUGUCUUCAACCACACCAUGGUGUAUGACGGGUUCAGGCCUGAAGAUCUCACGGAGGCCUGUGUGGAGCUUACUGUCUGGGACCAUUACAAAUUAACCAACCAGUUUUUGGGAGGUCUUCGGAUUGGCUUUGGGACAGGUAAAAGCUAUGGUACUGAAGUGGAUUGGAUGGACUCUACUUCAGAGGAAGUUGCUCUCUGGGAAAAGAUGGUGAAUUCCCCCAACACUUGGAUUGAAGCAACCCUGCCUCUCAGAAUGCUGUUGAUUGCUAAGAUUUCCAAGUGAACUCAAAGUCCAUUGGCUCCACCACUGAACACUACUAACCAGGUGGAAUGUGGUCCUGAAAAUCAGACUCUGUGAGCAGAGAUCUUCACCUCCUAUCUGUUGGCACUAAUGAAUGCCACACAGCAUAUUAAAGUCAACCUGCAGGUCCUCUUUGGUUACAAGGCCCAAGAGAUUUAAACAAUAACAAAAUAUGUAAUGUAUUUGUGACUCCAGUGUUAAAGAAGACAUUUCAGAAAGCUAGGAAAAUCCAACUGUUGCUUCACAGAAAAAGCUGCCAAAAAAUUAAAUGUGGGGUGUUGUUAAUGGGCAAAGUUUCCAAGUUUGCCAUCAUGUGCUUCCACCCAGUCUUGUGCUCCAUUUAGGAAAGCCUGCCUCUUGACCACUGAGAUUCCUUGUAAGAAAUGUGUAGGUUGUGGGAAAAAGUGACAAAAGGAUGCUAAUAUGGGGGAGAGGAGGCAGAAAAUCAGUGAUGAUAAAGAAUUUUACCAUAAGAAAUCCAUUUACUCUGUAAUCUCUAUUAAAACAUGGAAUUCCAUGUUAAGGGAAUGAGACUGAAUUUUACUGCAUGUAUUUUGGGUCGAGAAACUGCUUUCCCUUUUCCCAGUGUUAAGUCUUGAAUGUGCUUUGGUGCCACCCACUGGCCAUAGGUGAAAUUUAUUUUUUGGCUUAAUUUUCUCCUGGGGUAGGUCUUAAGCCUAUACUUUUUAACAGAGUAUGUAAAAAGCAAAACACCAAAAAAAAAGUUGCAUAUAUAGAUUGUUUUUCUUAUAACUCUACUAUAUGAAAGCAGCAUGAGAGUGGUCACUGACAUGCUUUGCAACAAAGUUUUAAUUAGAAUGUAAAUUGUUAAAUUAUAUUGUACUUCCUAUGUAUGUAUAAUUUUCAUAAAAUAUUUUGUAAAAACCCUUAGAAUAAAUUAUUAUGAUUCAAAUGUA